AUGGGCCAGGGUUUCCUGGCAAGCCCACGCCUAGCUGUCAGGGAGGUGGACGAUGGACUGCGGCAGGACAGCCUGAACUUUUUAAGAGAAAACUUGUCACGGUUCCGGCACGAGCCCCUCGUGUCUGUCCCAAGCACUCGUCAGUCCUGUCUGAACCACAAACGUUGGCUGCGUCCCCCGAUGGCCUGUGCUUCCCGGCUGCAGCCGGAGCACCCAGCAAAGAUUAGGCCCCGUGUCGCAGGAAGCCGCUUCCGCAAAGCACCAUGCUGGCCGAAGGGGAGGUGCUGGCACUGGCCGAAGCGGGCAGCGGGGCCCUGCGGGAGGGGUCGCCAGGUCCACCCCUAG